GCGGGUCGCGGCGUGCCGCCCAUGGUGGCGGCGGCGGGCGGGCGGCGGGGGGCCACCCCGCAGCGCCGGGAGAGCGGCCCCGGGCCCGGGCACUGCCCGCGGCUCCCGAAGGGGCGGCGGCGGCGGCCAGAGGAGGCGGCGACGAACGGGGAGAGCCGCCUGGAGCUGCAGGCGUUCCGCGAGUACGGGGAGAGCUGGUACCGCUCCCGCAAGGGGCUGGAGAGCCGCUUCCAGCCGCGGGAGCCGCUCGCCCGGCAGCCGCAGGUGACGGCGGAGGUGCGCUGCCGGCUGGUCAGCUGGCUCAUCCCCGUGCACCGCCACCUGGGGCUCUCCUUCGAGGCGCUCUGCCUGGCCGUCAACAUCCUCGACCGUUUCCUCGCCACCACCCCGGUGGCCGCCGACUGCUUCCAGCUGCUCGGGGUGACGGCGCUGCUCCUCGCCUGCAAGCAGGUGGAGGUGCACCCCCCCAGCGUCAAGCAGCUCCUCGCCCUCUGCUGCGACGCCUUCAGCCGGCAGCAGCUCUGCAACCUGGAGUGCAUCGUCCUGCACAAGCUGGGCUUCAGCCUGGCCGCACCCACCGUCUGCUUCUUCCUGGAGCACUUUACCCGGGUGCGGCUGGAGGCGCCUGGCGCCGACCCCGGGGAAGCGGCGGACGCGGGGAGCCUGGCGCGGGGCGUGGCGGAGCUCAGCCUGGCCGACUACGCCUUCACCAAGUACGCUCCGUCGCUGCUGGCCGCGGGCAGCCUGGGGCUGGCGGAUCGGCUGCUGCGGCACCGCCGCCCGCUGGACCUGCGGGUCAGCGGCUACCGGCAGCGGCGGCUGCGGGACUGCAUGGCCGAGCUGCGGCUGCUCGUGUCGCUCAACGCCGCGGCGCUGCCCCUGGUGCUGCCCGCGGAGGUGGCGCGGAAGUGCCCGUGGCUGCGGGGCGGCGGCUGACGGCGGGGGUGCGGGAGCCCCGCGCUGUGCGUGGCCGCGGGUCGCGCGGUGACCGAAUGUGGUGCCGCGGGGGAUAUGCACGUGGUCACGCAUUGCAGGGCGAUUGUUUUGUGUCUCUGCAUACAGCGUGUAAAUAACACGCACAUCACCGGCUGCCGCGUUAUUUAUUUGGAGGACGAUCCGUAGGGUAACGGCACCCGAGCGGGCGGAGAGCCCAAAGGACGCGAAAUAAACUCUGUUCCUGCA